CGGUCGCGCUACACGCCAAAGUAAAGGUGAGCCUGCGCUCGCGCCAGUGACGUGUCUCCUCACUUCUUCAGUACCCGGUGGACCGUCUCCGCGCGCGUUCGUGUCACUCCUACCCGCAUUCGAAAGUAGUGCUAGUGAGGUUGAAUUGAAUUGAUAAAGUUACACUAAUUUCCGAACGAAAGUUUUUAGUGUUGUGAUUUUUUGGGAAUAUUGGAAUUACAAUUUAACCGGUCUUUUUAACAGUCAACAGGAGAGACGAAAAUCACAAUUCUGGACGCCAACAAUGACAUAGGCCGCAAGAUGGCGCUACGACUGAAGAAGGACAUAAAGAAAGCGUCGUACUACGUGUGGUUCCUGGGCGCGCAGGAGUCGCGGGGGCUGCGAGGGGAGGAGUUUGCGCUACCAGCGGUCCAGCUGCUCGAAGAGCGGGCCAGGGAGUUGGAGCCUUUUAAGGUUACACUACAGGUGUCCCACAAAGGGCUGAAGAUAAUCCAGAAUGUGACGGCCAAAGGCAAGCAGCAGACGAUCAAGCACUUCAUCCCGCAUGGCAGCAUCACCAGCGCCGUGGUGCAGGGCGACGUGGUGGCGUGCGUGCUGCUGCUCUACAACCCGCUCACAGGCUGCCCCGUGCACGUGCACGCCUACAGAUGUGACUCAGACCACACAGCCGAGAUGCUCUACACACACCUCCAAGCUCUGAUAGAGCGACCAGAAAACCAGAAGAAGUUCGCCGACAUUGAGCGGAAACUACAAAUGAGGGGGGCUCUCCCGUUGUCCAAGAAACCUCCAGACUCGUCUUUAGGCAGUGAGGUGUCUAGAGAGUCAGACUCUGGGAGCAACGAAGAAAGAUGCGUGGCUAAUCUGUAUGACAGUUUGGCUGCGGAGUUGAAGCAAAAGUUGUCUACAGGUAAAAAGGGUCUAGGCAAUGUUACAGGGAAAAGUCCUAUACUUUUACCGCCCCGCGACUACGACACAGUGCACCGGCAAAAGGGGAACCUGAGCAACAUCGACACCCGUCGCUGUCUGAACCAGAACAUCGUGGGGGUGAACGCGCGGCGCAAGCUGGAGUCAUCGGGGGGAAGCUCGGGCAUUGGGAGCGAUCUGGCUCCGUCCCCUGAGAGGAACGAGUACACGAGACAGCACGACAAUCAUAGCACCAGCGAGGAAGAUUGGGCGGAGAGCACGGCUUACAUGAUGCAUGAGGCAUUCGACGCGUCUCCUCGGCGCGCCGCGUCUCCUCGUCAUGCAGCAUCUCCGCGUCGCGCGGCGUCGCCUCGUCGUGCGGCGUCACCUCGCCGUACGUCGCCGCCUCGCCGCGCGUCACCCCCACGCCGCGCGUCACCCCCACGCCGCGCGCUGUCCCCGCGCCGACACGACCGCGGCUUCAACGACGACUUCACCGACCAGUUCCGUGACUCACUGGCGCCCUUCCGUGACCAGGCCGGCUUCGACCGCCACCACCGCCACGAGUCUCUCGAACGUGUCAAAGAAAAACAAGAGAAAUACGACGACGCACCAAGCUACAGACGGCGGUACGCCGCAGAAACUAAACCGUCUAAUCGAAGCAUAGACCGAAUAGAAGAUCGCCGGUUCGGUAAACUAACGAGGGGCGCUAGCGAAGGAAGUCUAAAACUCGCCGAAGCCUCCCCAAAAGACCGGUUCCAAGUCGCUAAAGAAAAAUUCAAGAACCUAGAAAGGGAAAGGUUCAACAGGGAACUAGAGCAGCACAUGGCUAUCAGGAGGAGCAUGCUGGAAAGGAAUAGUCGCUCGACUUCUUCCCCCGAGGAAGAACAUAGAGACGAGCGGCAGCAGGAGCGUCACAGAGAAUUGAGCUCUCGGCGAGAACCUGAUCGUUCUCACCGGGAUUUGGAGCGUUCUCACAGAGAGCCAGAGCGGUUCAAGGAUCCGGAUCGGAUGCACGACAUAGACAGGGAUAUAACACACAGAGAAGUGGAGAGACUCCCACGCGUCAGCCGUAAACGCGAAGAUGUCAAGCGAUUCGAGUACGGGGCGGAGGAUUAUCUGGACAGAAUCGAACCAAAGCCGCAUAGGGAGGACUUCGAUAGAUACAGAGAGAGGAGAGAACUAGAUCGGCGUAUAGACGAGGAUGAAAUAAUUGAGCCAGUCAUUGAAGACCGGAGGAGAGACUGGAGUGACAGGCAAAGGGCAUUCAGCCGCUCGCGGCUGCUAGACGACCAGAGGCAGUCGUACGCGGAAGGCGAUAGGGACCGCUAUUACGAGAGGGACUACCGAGAUUACCGCGACCUGUCGGACCGGCAGCCCGCGAAGUUCCGCCACAGCUACGCCGAGCCCAUCCCGCGCGGCCGCCUCGGAACAGUCAGACCUUACUGAAAUGCCAUAAUAGAAUAGCGUGCUUUUAUGACCUGAGGAAAUAAAUGAGAUUUAAUUGUU